UGGGUGAGAUAAACAAACCAUGAGGUUUACUUUAUUUUACUUUAAUGUUAAAACAUAUAAACCCAGUUUAUUUUGUUUUUAACACACUGUAAGAGCUGACUGAGCGACUCUUUCUGGAAUAUGAAUGAAAUCAAAGCUUCACAAAAACUCAGAACGGCUGAAGUGAUUAAAACUGUUUUCAGCAUCUACCAGACGGAUGAGGCGAAGUUUGAUCUGAAUCAGCAGUCAGCAGAAAGCAUUGCUACACUUGUGGAGAAGGCUGAGGAACUGCUAAAGAGCGAAGCCAACUCCAAAGACACACAGGCCAGCUUCCUACUGGGACAGCUUUACUAUGAGGAGGGUCGCUAUAUGGAAGCUGAGAUUGUGUUUAAAGGAAUAAAGGAUAAAGAACCCAGAGCUUUAUACCAGCUGGCUGUGAUGUACUAUGAUGGACUUGGUUCCACAGCAGACCCAAGCAAAGCAGUGCAGUACAUGAGAAGAGUAGCAGAAUUGGAUACAGGUACUCUUAGAUACUCAGCCCUAUACAACCUGGGUAGAGCUUAUUUGCAGGGUUAUGGAGUGCAGGUCUCCAGUGCACAGGCAGAGAUGUACUGGCUCAGUGCAGCAAAUGAUGGAAAUCCCAACGCCAGUGUAAAAGCUCAGACUACUCUUGGCAUGUUCUAUUCCAGCCCUGAAAUACGGGAUCUCAGAAAGGCAUUCUUCUGGCACUCAGAGGCCUGUGGUAAUGGCAGUCUGGAGUCACAGGGAGCACUGGGGGUCAUGUACCUGUAUGGAUAUGGUGUCUCUAAAGACCUGCAUGCUGCUCUGUACUGUCUUAAAGAGGCUGCAACAAGGGGUAAUGUUUAUGCCCAAGGUCACCUCACGGCCUACUACUAUCAGUGCAAACUGUACACCAAAGCAGUGGAGAUGGCAGAAAGGGUCUGGCAGUAUGAAGAUAUUUCUGCUAUAGCAGAGCUUACAGGCUGUGUUCCUGAGUACAUCCGUAAAGGCAUAGCUAUUGCUCUGUUCUACUAUGCACGUUGCCUCCAGCUGGGUCGCGGAGUAUCACAGAACAGCGAGAGAGCACAGCACUAUUAUACAAAGGCAGCCCUAAUGGAUGCAGACGUGUGUAAGAGCCUCCAGAUGGACAUCACUCUUGGCAGGAUAUAAUGGAUAUUUAAAAUGCUGUGGAAUUCCUCUAGUAAAGACACAAUGCUGGAUAACA